UGUGCACAGCGGCUGUGCUCUGUCUCAGUCCUGAGUCAGUCAGUCAGUCAGUCAGUCACUAUGGACUCCGAGGUUGCCCUGAUUUUACAAACUGCAAACUUUGCAGCUGAGAAACAUAAAAGCCAGCGCAGAAAGGAUGUAGAGGAAACCCCUUACAUUAAUCACCCUAUAGGUGUUGCUUCAAUCUUAUCUCAGGAGGCUGGUAUUACUGAUAUAGUAGUGCUACAGGGAGCUCUGUUACAUGACACAGUUGAAGAUACCAACACUACUUUCUUGGAAAUCGAGGAGAAGUUUGGUCCAGAAGUUCGAAAGAUAGUAGAAGAGGUGACUGAUGAUAAGACAUUACCGAAGAUGGAGCGGAAACGUCAGCAAAUUGAGCAUGCUCCACACUGCAGCCACGGGGCCAAGCUGGUGAAACUGGCUGACAAGUUGUACAACUUACGAGACUUAAACCGGAGCACUCCAAAAGGCUGGACAGACCAAAGGGUUCAAGAAUAUUUCCAGUGGGCAUCAGAAGUGGUGAAUGGUUUACGUGGGACAAAUACAGUGCUGGAAAAAAGCUUGCAAGAGCUAUUCAUAAAAAGGGGGAUUAUACAAACUAUUUAGAACCUGUGGUAUGUUCUAUCUAAGUCAACAUACUAAACUGAAACAAAGCAAAUUGUUGAUGCAAUCUGCAACGUGAAACCUCAGUCUUAAAUGCGAUGGAAUUCAUUAACCACUAGGAAACUCCUUAACGAUA